AUGAUGUCAUAACGUCAUAACGUGUAGAAUCAACUCGAUACCUAACGCAUCAUUGGUAAAUUAUGUAUUUUAUACAAUUGAAAAUGCUACUUUUAUUUUAAAUCUAUGCGAAGACUUUACUUUUUAGUCACAUAAUUGAGCGUUACUUUUUAAAAUAAAUUGUAUCAUUUUGACAUCUUACAUGUAUUUCCCGCUAUGUCAUCAUCAAUAACAAUAUAAAAAUCUAUAAGGCACUGCACCAUUUUUAGAAUUAAAAAACGAAACCAAAAGUAAACCAAAAGUUUACAUUUAAUAAACAACUACAUCUACAACGGCAUUGCUACACAUCCCAAAUAGUUUGUCCUAAAUAAGUGCUCAUCAAUUGUUGCAUUACCUUUUUACAUCAUACAUUAAAAUUAAGGUGUUUUAGUGAUUUUUUGUGGACAUCUUAUCGAUUUAUUGACUAACACCACUUGUCCUGUAUGCAAAUAUUUUCAGUUACUCUUACCAGUGUUUUUUCCAACCAGUGAGCAUGAAUGAUGGCUAAAAAUAGCAAUACCAAUCAACUGGUCUAUUAGUUACUUGUCUUUAGCUUACCUGAGCACAACGUUAAGACUUUUUGUGAUAGUAUUUUUUCAUUUGUCCGUGCGUCGCCAUAAUUUAUAUUUAUGUCACACUAGAGGCAACACUUUUUCACAAUCUUAAUGAAAUCGAUCAAACAUGUGUUCUAGUAAUACAGCGAACGAGUAAGAAAAUUAAUUGCGUAAGUACAAAAACUAUGUCAUUUGUUAAACUGAAAGAAACCCCUCGUGAACACUUUGCAUGCCACAUUUUUUUUUGUCAGAACAUUUGUCCAAUUUAUAUACCGAUCAAGUUCUAAAAUUGUUCAGGUCCGUUGAAAAGUUGGCGGGGCAAUUUUUAUCAAAUAGUGAAACCUUCUGACCGCUCUAGAUGUUACAUUUAUAACUCAAUUUGAAAGAGAUAAUAUCCCAUAACAAUCGUCACAAUGAUAUCAGGGCCGAUUUCAAAACGUGUUCUGGUCCGUUGAAAACCGUGGCUGCCAGGAGGUGGGGCAGUUUUUCUUAAAUUGCUAUAGGGAAACAUUGUGAACAUUUUAGGGGUCACAUUUAUUGCGCAGAUGACAAAUGUCGAAAUAAAUAUAUCGACCAAAUUUAUAAACUGGGUUUUAUGGGGUAAACACUAAUUGAAUAGUUCAAAUUAUUAAAAGUUUGUUAACACCAGAUGCCAUAUUUAUUGAACACCGUAAACAAAUUGGUGAGAUAAUUAAAUGUUUCCCUAAUAUGUCUCCGGCGAGUUUGAAAUGUGUUACGUGAGUAUUUUAAAAACCAUAUUUAUUUAUAUAUUUAUCAAACAUAAGCCGCCAUAAAAAUAUGGGAAAAAUCUAGACGCCACAUUGUUUGUCAAAUCAUCAUACCGAGUUUUAAAAUGCAAAAACAGUUCAGUAUAUUCAGGUCGCAGGUGAGUAACUGUGUUGUCCCUUAGCUUGAUUAUUAGUUGUAUGUAACCUGACCGAUUUUUACAACGCUAUAAUUAUUACAAGAAAUCGUUUGGUCACGUUUUUUCUUAAAUUAAAAAAACCCUUUGCAAGCUUCAUUGUCCAGCCAUCUACAACGCCAUGCAUACCUCGAUAUCUAGUCAAAUCUAAUUGGUUUCACCGUUGUGUUGGAGACUACAUGAGACUUUGACAGAUGGCAGGAAACCCUUCUCAACUGGUACGAAUCCGGUAAAUAGAUGGCCAUAAAACAGUGACCGCUGAUUCGUUUCGAGUUCUUUCUUGCAUAACGUUACACGAGUUUGAAGAAGUACAGGUUGCGUUUUGCAAGAUGUGGACACUUUCAGUGGAUAUGGAAGCCGCGCCAAGAGAAUAAAGGAUGCAGAACAAGGAAAGCGAUUUUGGUGUCAGAAGAGCGUCGAACAAAAAGCGUUAUCAAAACCUUCAAUCAAUCAUGCAGAUUCCAGAGAAUUUCACAGAAUUGUCUAUUCGCAUGAUUGACGCACUUGACGACAGUGGCGCUGGGAAGGAAACUGUUUUGGAGCGGAGGAGAACUUUCUUGCGGAGGGAGCACAUUGAGAAAAUAGCAUAUCAACUACAAAGAAAGAACAUUGAGUGUUUUCAUUUCGGGAGUCAGUCGGAAGGGACCACAACUCCUGGUCUCCAGUCUGAUAUAGAUUUCCUACAAAGUGACAACAUAUUCAAUAUCAUGACCAUCUGGGAAGACUGGAAGGCUGGGAUGGAUAACCUUCUGAUGCUCCACGACAACACCACUCCACCUCAACAGUACUUGCUACACGUCAUCCAAGACUACACACCGGAACCAGUGACCAGUCUGACCCAUGACAGGUUCGUAAGGAAAGAUUCUGGGCAAAUACUGUUAAGCGCUGAAAGAUGGAAACAGCACAUCGAGUAUGAGACUAGACAUAUGGGGGAGGCAACUCAAAAUGGGCCUUCUGUGAGUUGGGUGCCUAACUGGGAUAUUGUGUGUGCAUUUCAUGUACGCAAACCUCUUCCUGAAAUACAGCACUGGAUAGACAGAUGUAGAGGUAAACACUGGCCACCUGUUCAGCUUCUCGAGGCUGCACGGAUAGCUCCGUGUUUCCUGGAACCAGCAGGACAUCCAGACAGUGAUUACUAGCGAGAAGAAUGGCGACUGUCUCCAAACCUGAUAGAACGAAUGUUGAUAUUUAGCUUCAAUAUGACUCAAAUAAAAUGUUGCAUUGUUUUAAAACUUAUCAAAAAAUCAUUAUUUGCUAACAUUGUGGGGGAUGCUAUUACAAGCUUUCAUUGUAAAACUAUAAUGUGUUUCACAAUAGAAAGAACACAUCCUUCUCUGUGGUGCGAACACAACCUUAUGUUUGUACUUUUGCUCUGUUUACACUUAUUAAGGCGAUGGCUGCGAUUGGGAAGGCUUCCGCAUUAUAUCAUAGAAGGUGUGAACUUGUUUGAUGGGAAACUCUCAAAGUUGCUGCAGAAACGCCUUUUAGUGUAUAUAGACUCGUUGAUAAGGAAUAACUUACAAGAUGUUUUUUGUAUUGGUAUAGAUAAUAUAGGAUGUCGGUUACAAGCAUGUAGUAUGCGGCAUACUGUACAGGCUGGAGCACUCAGAGGUGUAUUAUUACAUAACAGCAUCAGAUUACUGCUGAAGUUUGAGUGCUUGAAAAGAUUGAACAAUGCGUUAACAGUUAUUAAACAUAAACUGAGCAGUUCUCAUACAACCUUCGAGCAUAAAUUAAAAUACAUAAUACACAAUUGUUUUGAAUGUAUUGAAAACUCAACAAAUACCAUGUCAAAAACUGCUGCUCUUGAAUUGAUUAAACACUUUUAUGCGUUACACAUUUCAGUUCAAUCAUCUUACUAUUUGCGACUACAAAACGUUCUUGACAGCGAAAAUAUAAGGCGUGUCCGAUAUUCCUUAAAUUCGGAUGUAGCUUCUAGUCGCUUAAAGUUUGCUUCUAUGCUAUACUGCAGUGGUCAUCUUCAAGCGGCAGUUCGAGUGUUGGAGGAUGUGGAGAGGAGGUAUCACAGCAAGGUCAAGGCUGUGUGUGGAUAUAGAUCAAUACAGGGAGACAGUGAUCUGAAGGUGUUUGCUGAUAUGCUAUUAGGCAACACUGACAACAGUGAACCUCCAUUCGCAUUCUGUGUAAAUUUUUUAAGACGGGAAUCGCACUGUGCCCCUUUCAUUGUAUUGUUUGAAAUGAAUCGCAAUAUCACUGAAGAGGAAGUGGCACAGAGACGAUACAAUGAAAAACUAUGGAUGGACAGUGCUGAGGUGGAUGCUCUUCCGUUUCUUUACUAUCUGCAGUAUCUCACGUAUGGAGGACUCGGUGAACGUGGCAAUAAGCUAAAUGCGUUAAGAAACUUGGUGUCUUACAUGCGUGAUGACAGACAUCAUAUCAUCUUGUAUCACCAAGAGACUGCCUUAAACUUGCUGGGACACUGCUGUGAAAUGGAAGGAGAUUAUGAAAGAGCGUUGAAUGUUUACGAGCUGUCGUUGAGUAUUCGUGAUACAAACAAUGCCGCUAAUUGGCACGUCCGGCGUGUUUUGCGUCUUAUAAGCGGUUAAAACUAUGAUAAACAAGUUUUCUUGAGUACACCAUUUACAUAUGAACUGUACAUGUCUUUAAGAUGCUAUAAAUCAUGUAUCGAAUGUUAGAAAAUAUAAGGAAACGCAGUUUAUAUUUCGAAAUAUAACAUUGUUGAUGUGUUCUUCUUGCUUUUUAAUGAUUUUCUCAUAGAUGAAACUAUCUUGUACUUUCUGUAAAGUGCUUGUGUAUACAGAUACAUAUCUGCUAUAUGCUUAAGCUGAUUACAAUUUAUUGGGAAUAAAUGGCCUUAAUGCUAUAAAGUAAACGAAGUUAUCGAAAGCCACUACAAUUAUGAAUAUACUUCUUACAUAGCCAUAGGAACAUUUUAUAUGUAUUCUUCAAGAGUAUCACACUUUAUUGUUCAAAUAGGUGUUGUUGUUUUUUCAAAUCACGUUAUAUUUGUGCGUUUUUCAAAAUAAUUCAAUGUUUAAAAUACUUGUCAUAUCAUAUGAUAUGAAGUACUUAUAACGAUUAUUUUUGUAUUUCUUUCAUACACAAACAAUAUUUAGAAUGUUAAUUCAUAACAGUUCUCUUGCAAAAUAUAUAUGUCACCAAUAUACGUAUAGAUAUAUCACAGUUUAAUAUAGCUAGUUAAAGGUAGAUUUAAGGAUGCAUAUGUACGUAAGUCACAUGUUGGCAGUCAACUUUAAUGAUUUUUUUAAAAUGAUUCCCACCCUUUAUAUGUUUCGCUCCACAACUUUAUCGUACAUGACGGUAAACGAUAAUGUGUGUUGAACUAUGUACAUCGUUUUAGUAUGCCCCAACAACCUAUAUACAACCUAUUAUAAUUGUUAUCUACCAGCCCACAUAUAACGCAGAAAGUUGGACACACAUAUGUAUAUUGAUUAGAUGUGUCCUUUAUUUCAAAUGAGCUACUUUUCAUAUUACCUAAUGUUCUAAAUAUUGUUUGUAUCAACAACGCAUUAUAGUUAGUAUCAUGCUUAUAGAUGCCGACACAACUGUUUAAACGUUUUAAAUGUACCAUAAACCCUUAUGAACAUGAAGUCAUGCCUCAAAUUUGCAAAAGCGAUGUAUUGCUGGUAAUAUAUUAUAUUGAGAACAACAUUAAACACAAUUGUGAUUUUU